CCCCCACCCCCCACCCCCUCCUCUCCCCCUUCCCCUUCAUCCACACCUAUCUCUCCCUCGCAAGCACAGCAUGCGCAUUGUCCUUGCCCUUGCUGUGGCUGCUGUGCUCCUUGCAUCUGCUGCCUCUGCUGCCCCUACCGAGGACCUUGUCCCCAUCACACCGGGCUUUGGCAAGACCUCGUUCAAGACGUACUCGGGCUAUCUCGACCUUGCCAACGGCCACCACUACCACUACAUGUUCGCCGAGUCGCAGCGCUCGCCCGAGAAGGACCCGGUUGUCAUCUUUCAGAACGGCGGCCCGGGCUCGAGCUCGCUCAUCUUCUUCUACACCGAGGGCGGCCCGCUCAACACCAACAUCCACUCGCUGGCCUCCAACACCUCGGGCGUGCCGACUCUGUUUGCCAACCCAUACGCGUGGAACACCGUCGCCAACGUGCUCGUCAUCGAGUCGCCGGCCACCGUCGGCUUCUCGUACUGCGACACUCCGUGCUCGUUCAACGACACCUCGACUGCCAUCGACAACUACCACGCCGUCCUCAAGUUCUUUGAAAAGUUCCCCGAAUUUGUCGCCAACGACUUUUACGUGACCGGCGAGUCGUACGCCGGCGUCUACGGCAUCAUGCUCGCCGACCUCAUCGACAAGAACUCGAACAACAUCAAUCUCAAGGGCAUCGCCCUCGCUGACGGCUGCAUCGGCCUCGAGAUCGGCACCUGCUCGCCGCAGGCCAUGCGCAUCCAGUCCGAGACCCUGGCCGCCUUCCACAUGAUGUCGCCGCUGACAUUUGCCGAGAUGAAGGCCGUCUGCACCGACUGGGCUGCACCCAACACCCAGUGCUCCGCUCUCAUCGACCGCAUGAAUGACGAGGCUGGAAACUUCUUCAUCUACAACGUUCUCGACAACUGCGCCAACACUCAGCUCUCUCUCAACGACCGCUACGAUGUCGUCGAGUCGGGCGCCCGCAUCGACCGCAUGUGGCACGACAAGCGCUGGAACAAGCACGCCCUCGCUGGCGACGACUGGGAGUGGCGCGCUUCCAUCGACGUCUACGGCAUCCACGACGCCGAGCGCGCCGCCGUCGCUGCCCGCGUCGCAGAGCUCCGCGCCGCUGGAAACCUCGGCCAGCCGGGCACCUACAUUUGCGGCGCCGAGACCGCCAUGGCUGCAUACCUCAAGAACCCUGACGUCCUCAAGGCUCUCCACAUCCGCACCGACGUCCACCGCUACCCGUUCCAGUACAGCCGCACCGCCAUGGACCUUCGCCCGGUCUAUGCCGACCUCGCCACCAAGUACCGCGUCCUCAUCCAGUCCGGCAUGGAGGACGACUGCGUCCCUUUCUCGGGCUCGUGGGAGUGGACCGCUGGGCUCGGCUUUGACACCGUCAAGUCGUGGACUCCCUGGUACUACGAGAACAUCUACGGCUCCGUCCUCGGUGGCUACAAGGUCAACUACAGCCAUGACUUUACUUUUGCCUCGGUCAUGAGCGCCGGCCACAUGAUCCCCCAGUUUGCCGCCCAGGCCUCGCUCUCCAUGAUGGAGCGCUGGCUCGACGGCGAGCCCAUCUAACCCUUAACGGUACGGUCGUUCGGACGCGUUGUCGCGCGUCUCAAAGUGAACAAAUCCAUGAUGCUUGAUUUCCAGGCUACCGGCAGACGGUGCGCGACGCCUGCUUGGCCUGCGGCUUGAGGUGGGAGGCGCGCCCGCACGUGAUGGCG